CCUUAUUGGCGUAAUUAAAAAGGUUCAAAGAAAAAGACCUGAUCUUAAAGUGAUCAUUUCUUCUGCAACUAUGGACGCAGAACAGUUUUAUCGAUUCUUUAAUACAAACACAACAAGAGAUCCAAAGAAUGACACUGCAAAGAUUAUUUCAUUGGAAGGAAGAAUGUUUCCUGUCGAUAUUCUGUGACAUCUUGAUCUUCUUGACCGGUAGAGAAGAAAUUGAUAAAGUAGUGGAAGAGAUAUAUGAUCGCGGAAAGACUCUCCCUAAAAACAGUCUGUCUGUCAUGCCUCUUCCUCUUUAUGCUGGUCUUACAGUGGAAGAGCAACUACAGGUAUUCGAACCCACCCCAAAAUACACUAGAAAGGUGAUUGUAUCCACCAAUAUAGCUGAGGCAUCCGUCACAUUGGAUGGUGUUGUUUAUGUGAUUGAUACUGGUUUUGUUAAGCCUUGGUGGUUACUCCCAUCUCUAAGGCUUCAGCAUUACAAAGAGCAGGUCGUGCAGGUCGUGUGAAACCAGGCAAAGCAUUCAGACUCUAUACAGAAGAAACAUAUCAAUCAUUAAGAGACACCAGUAUUCCUGAAAUCCAAAGGAGUAAUU